AGAUUUGUGAACUGAAAUCCGUAUAAGCAAGUACAUAUUACGUCAGUAAUUUACGUCAGAAUCCAAAGCUCAUUAAAGAGACAGGUCGCCACUAUAUCUUCCAUAUUAAACGAUAUCAUGUCAAAAACUUUACAAAUGUUAGAUGGUUAUCAGCAUCCGAUCAUUGGGCUCGGAACUUAUUUAUUAAAAGAUCCAGAUGCCAUUAGCACAGCCAUAAAGAGUGGAUAUCGCUGUUUAGAUACAGCCUGUUAUUAUCACAACCACAGGGAAUUUGGAUUGGGUGUUAAGAAAUCUGGUGUGCCUCGCUCGGAGUUGUUCUUAACCAGUAAAGUGGACCCUUGGACAGGUGCGGUGCACAAUGCACGUCAGAGUAUUUUAAGAGCAUUGAAUGAAGCUCAACUCGAGUAUUGGGAUUUGGUCUUGAUACAUUCCCCUAGUGGCGGUAAAAAUACACGUUUGAAUGCUUACGAAGAGCUUUCCUCAUUAGUAGACGAAGGAAAGAUCCGUUCAUUGGGAGUUUCAAACUACGGCGCUGGUCAUAUAGAAGAGUUAUUAGCGAGCAAGCCUAAAUAUGGUCCAGUUGUUAAUCAAGUCGAGGUACAUACUAUGCAUUCAAAUGACAAGGUAGUAAGAUAUUGUCAAGAAAAGGGUAUAAUCGUUGAAGGUUAUUGCCCACUUGGAAGAAAGCAAUUUUUUAAUAAUAGGGCGCUAAUUGAGAUUGCCAAAAAGUACAACUGCAGUGUUCCUCAGCUGAUGCUUAGCUGGUUGAUUGGGAGAGGAAUUGUACCAUUACCAAAAUCAUCCGAUGACGCAAGACAAAGGGAAAAUCUAGAAUCGACGAACGUGACACUGCGAGAGGCGGACAUGACAGAAAUUAACAAACUAGAUGAGCAGAUGGAUGUAGAUGGACAAUAUAUAAUACAAGACGGGGUAUGAUUCAGUGUUCUAGUAAUAACUUAAAAUAAAAGUCGAUUUCUGAUUUGUUGAUGAAUAAAUUGAAGUCAUUGAGUAAAAGAAAAUGUAGUUCUAACUGAUUAAGUUCAGACAAAGGAAGACCGCCAACUUUUGCAUAUCUAGAAUUAGUGUAGAAUAUAUCGGAUAAAAACUUAGAAGAUACUGUUAUGCCUGCGAUGAUUAAUCUGUGUAUAUUGUAACUAUUCAAUGUGAAGACGUUUGAUAAGGAUUUCAUCCUAUUGAAGUACACCAGAAGGGAAAGAAAAACUUGAUUAGUUGAUGGGCAAUAACGUAGUAUCCUAGAUAAAUAGUUCUUUAUUGAAAUUGUCGGUAUAGAUUUCGCUUGAAAUAGCUGCAAACUGGAUGGAUUGUUCAAGCUGUCUAUGCAAGCAGACGUCGUUGGUGUAGUCCUAGUAGCCGUAUUAUUCGUCUCCUUUGAUAGCUCGUCUAAUAAAAAUUUAUCCAGCAAAUCAAUUAAAUUAUUCGUAUCAAAUUCUAUUAAGUCGUCCAUUAGCGGGAACAAGAAGCAAAUGCCAUGCUCAGAAAUAUUUUCAAAAAUAUCAAUUAUAGCCCGUCCAGCAGUCCUUAUCUACACCAACUCAGCGAACUACUUAAUAAGAGGGACUUCUACAAUUUAAUUAAGAAUUUUAAGCAUUGCGACUUGCCUCUACACAGCUUGCAGCAGCUAGAACUCAGCUCUUUAAAUAGUCAAGAGAAGAGAAGACUACUCAAAUUGACUAGUAACAUACGUCCAAUUAGUAGGGCGACUUUGAACUUGACUACCCUACUCUUCAAUCAACUUACCAACAAGAAUGACAAAGACAUCGCAAACUUGAUACACCAAUAUUCACAUAUUAAACCAUAUAACAUGGAAGAACCUCUGAGAUUGUACAGGAUGUCGGAAUCUGAUAAGCAUUCUCUUCUAGCCUUAUUAGAAUUCGCUUACAAAUCGAACAAUGAUCGUUUAUAUUUUCAACUUUACAAUACAAUCAAAAUUCAUCAGUUAGAAUUCAAUUUCAAGGUUGUAAGGAUUCACAUAUUUAAAUCACAUGAUAAACUGCAAUAUAUUAAUAAGCUAUUGCGAUAUAUGAACAACGACUAUUUCGAUGAUGGUCAGAAGAGGCACCUUUGGUUUAAAAUUAUAAAAUUAUUCUGCUUAGAUGAGAUUUCAAGCUAUGGUAAUAGCUUACACAAUUCUAUCUCGAUCCUAGAUGAAUGGCAGAGAGCGUAUUUUGAUAUCCCAAGUGCUAUAACCAAAGAUACAACACAUCCAAUCUUCAGUUUAAGCAAUUAUAGUGGUUUUCAUAAAAUAAAUAGACCACUUUCACCGGCUUACCUAAUAAUAAUGCAAAAAGCAGCCGAUCUAGGUGAUUUAACAACUUGUUUCAAGUUGUUAGGCGAUUUAGUGGACGUUAAUUCGCUCACUGGUAAAUUUACAACUAAUGCAAUAAAGCAAGCACAAUUAGAAAAGCACGACAAUAGAUUUAACAAACUCAUCAUUCCUUUAAACGCUUACCUCAUUCUAUACCAAGCAUGCAAGAAUACAUCACAGAGAUCUAUCUCACAGCGUACAGAUCUACUUUACAAAGUUCAUAAUUAUUUCAUACAACAGGAAUCAUUUGGUAUCAUAAAAGGUGACAACGUUGUACCACAAGAUAAUAGAGGGAAUCAAGUACCGUCGCCUAAUCAAAUUCUAAUGAUUUUGACAACAUUCUUGACCAUUACUCAAAAUAGGCAAACAGUAUUAGAAGUUUGGCAGCAGUUGAGAGUCAAAUUUAGAAAGCAGUCGUCCGGAUGGGUAGGUUGGAAUAAAGUGGAACGUUAUCACCGCAUACGACGAUUAUUGUAUGAGUGCAAGGAAUAUACCUCAUAG